UGUCAAAGCUUUCAGUUAAGACAGAUGUUUCCUCCCACAGGAUCACCAAACAUGCCCUCCUCCUCCUCCUCCUCCUCCUCCUCCCCCUCUCUCUGCAGGUGUGUGUAGUGAGCGCCCGCGAGCAGGUGUGUGUGCGUAAUGGUGGGUGACACAGGUGCUUGCAGUGUGGCGCCAGCGUGUAUGCGUUAACUGCACCUGUGAACGUAUCUCUUCAUUAUAUAAACUAUGCCGUUUGUGCAGGUGGAAAAAAGGUACACGUGCUGCAAAGACAAAUAGACACAACAAAGUGAGAUAUGAACAUGGUGUGUGUUUGCGCGGGGGAAUAACAAAUUGAAAAAUCAAGCUCCUCCCCCUCUCCCUCCCCACCGACAAGAACAAGACACACACACACACACACACACACACACACACACACACACACACACACACACACACACACACACACACACACACACACACACACACACACAUACACACUGCCAGGGCGUAUAAACUGCUGUUGCAUCGAGGCGGCCCCGUGCUGCGCGGAAACAGCCAUUGUACUGAACAAUCACUAAGUCAGCUAAGCAACGGGUAAUGUCAGUUAUACACACGCCGCGGCCACUCCACCGAACACGCAUUUCCCCCAUCGACCAAGCCAAUUAACCGUACAUCAGCGUGUUUCUCCAGCAAGCCGCCACGAUAUCCAACAGUUAAAUAGGACAAAACAACCUAGAGUACCGGUGCACCAGUAACUCCUUCCCUUGGUGUGCCUGGCUACCGGUACACCAUUUCAUCGACCCACUACCAGUCUACCAGUCGACCACCCACCCACCCAUCAUCCCCACCAGGAUGUCACACAAGAGUGCCGCCCCAGCACUGCCGCCCACCACUGACAUUCUGCCACGCCCCUAGCCUUUCCCCCCGCGGCAGUCGAGGGGGAGUGAGCGUAAUGGUGGGGGUGUAUGAGGUGGGCAAAUGGGGGUGGGUGGCCCGCUCCUCGCCCACGGACAGAACGAAGAACAAGCAAUUGAGCAUCCAUGUUAUCUCUGAUGGCAUCACGCGGCUGCCCAUUCUCGAAGGGGAGAUCUCCCACAUCGAGAUUCCCCGCCGACACCCGGCCCUCGGCCUCACCAUCGUGGGCGGCGCCGACACCCCGCUGCGGUGCGUGGUGGUGCAGGAAGUGUUCCCGGACGGGCUGGUGGCACAGGAUGGCCGCCUUCAGCCUGGCGACCAGAUCAUUGAGGUGGACGGCGUGGACAUGACCUCGGCGACCCACCAGGCCGUGUGUCAGGCCCUGCGGCGGCCCAAUGCUGUGCUGCGACUGGGCGUGUACCGCGAGAGGAUCGAGGCGUACCGCACCUCACCGCACGCUGGGCACGAUGACCUGCACGGCACGCCAGUGGAAGGUACGGAGCAAGGUGAGAUGAUGGCCGUCACGCUGCACAAGGAGAGCAACCGUCAGCUGGGGCUGAAGCUUGGGGGCCGCCGCACCGAACCCGGCAUCUUUGUGAUGGAGGUGCUGGAGGGCUCUGUGGCAGCCCAAGACGGGCGCCUCCACCCGCACGACCGCAUCCUGGCCAUCAACGGCGCGGACGUGCGGUAUGCUCGCCUUGACCAUGCUUCCACCCUCAUCCACGAGUCUCAGAACCGAGUAAGCCUUGUGGUGCGGCGAGGCCCGGGUCCUGCGGCCUUCGAGUACAGCAGUCGUGCCACUGUCUCUUCACCUGAGUGCCCGCCCCACGCCUGGCGUCGCAGUCCCAGUGAGAAUGGAUCUCAAGGUUCGCAUGGGGACGAGCCGAGCGUCAGUGAGGGAGGAUGUGGAGGCGGCCCUCUGCAGUAUGGCCGCUCAGCCUCUUGUGACUCUCUUAGCGACCACAGUCUCGUAUCCUCCAUGCUUUCCUCCCCCAGCACUGGCCUCCCCUCCGACGCAGGGGGAGGAACUAGUUCUCCUCCUAGAGGUGGAUCUCCAAUAACGUCUUCUCCAAGUUACUGCACUUCCGACACCGAUGAUGUAGAGAUACAUCCCCAUCAGGCGACAAGCGAUCCACACUACCAAGGCCACCACCAUCCCCACCAACCCGGAGUGAGUCCUCCAGCAGACCACACCAUUCACCACACCACCUCCAUAUCUCUGCCAGUCACCCCAAGGGGAGGUCAGGCUCCCGAAGAUACACAUGACUUCGCGGCAGGUCUGAGGCGACUCUUGCACUCAGAGAACAAUCAUCUACAACAGAAGAAUGUCACCAUAAAAAAGGCCACGAGGGAGAGUCUGGGCAUGAGGAUAGGCGGUGGUCUGGGCAGCAACGAAGGUGACACGCCAAUCUACAUUGCAAACAUCAAUCCGCAGGGACCCGUCGGCCGUCGGCGCAACGUUAAAAAAGGGGACGUGGUGCUGUCGGUGAACGGACAGUCACUGGUGGGCCUGACGCACGGCCAGGCUGUGGCGCUGCUCAAGGCCACGGCCGAGCUGGCAGGCGUCACGCUCUCGCUUCUGGACGGGCCAGAGACCUCGUUAGGUUCGGCUAACUUCGUACCGUCGUGGCUGUUCUGGCAGAAACUCCCUCGCUCGCUGCACGUGUCAAAAAGCGUGGUGCUGCACCGCGCACCGGGCGCGUCGCUCGGUUUCAGCAUCGUGGGCGGCGCCGACCCGCAACGCGGCACGGAGCCCAUCCACGUACUGUUCGUGGUGCAGUCGUCGCCGGCAGCAGCCGACGGCAAGCUGCGCUGCGGAGACCGGCUGUUGGCGGUGGACGGCCACUCGCUGGAGCUGGUGCGGCACGCCGCUGCCGUGGCCCUGCUCAAGCAGGCCGGCCAGAGGGUGCACCUGCAGGUUGUGUCCUGGCUGGGCACGGAGCUGUGACCUACACCGCACGCUACACCCAGCCACUGGCAGCGAGGACUUCCACAACUUCCAUUAACCCGUGAUCAGGUCAUGCAUUUCGCCAAGAUUUUGACAAUUAUACUAUCAUUUAUACACUACGUCACAUAUAAGUCACCAUGAGAUCAUCACCCAAAGCAAUUAAUUGUCCUGUCAUUUAGCACACGAUUUUUUUUUCUGUCAUCAUGAAGUCUAACCAGUGAUCAUCAAUGUCAUUUGUUAUAUAUAUAUAUAUAUAUAUAUAUAUAUAUAUAUAUAUAUAUAUAUAUAUAUAUAUAUAUAUAUAUAUAUAUAUAUAUAUAUAUAUAUAUACAUGGAGAAAUAUGUGCGUCAUAUGCAUAAACUUCAGAGCAAUGUGCGGAUGUGUGGCUACAUUACGUUACCUAUUGAUGAGAUCACAGUUGUCUUCAGACAGGAGCUCACAUUCAGUACUCUAGAGGUGGUGAAACCUUGUGUUCCUGAUUCCACAUACAUAUUCAUGCGAGUUACGUGUAUACACUGACGACGCUACGUUACCAACCCACCCCAGCUAUCAACAUGGAAAUGAGUGUGGGGCCCCUCUCUGAAUGGUGGCCUAGUGAUUAAGACAAGGCUAAUACUCGAUACAACUUAACUAGUGACGAGGCUUCGAGCUUUCUGAACCAUUCAUUGUAAACACAGCUCUCUCUCUCUCUCUCUCUCUCUCUCUCUCUCUCUCUCUCUCAAUAACACCAGGUCACCAUUUCCUAAGCACGUCCAUGCUAAAACACACUCGAAUUUUAUGGACAGAGAUUGACACUACGAUUUUCCAGAUUUAACCAAAUGCUACCAUAACACAGUGAAAACGGUAGAGGGAAACUGAACUUGCCAGUCAUCAAUACAAACGUCCCACAAACACUCAUUAAGCUCAUAAAUACACUUGAUAGUGCAUGACAUAAUACUAAUAAUACAUAAUUCAGAAUUUCCACAUGAUUUACAACAGUCAUGAAAAGGCUUUACCUCGUUGAGGGACUCCUGCCUGGACGCUGUGUUGAGUAGUGGCUCGCACCUGACUAACACGACACUGACAGUGUUGCCAAAUAAGACGUUAUCAUUAGUCUGCUUUACACAACCCGCAAAACUGCGAUGUUUAUCCAUUGCACAACAUUUUCCAUUGAUAAUCAAAAAAAUUAUGUUUGGUUUCUCAACAUACAGCUAGGCGGCUUUCAUCACUACCAUAUUGAAAAUUAUAAUGAUAAAUCCAGAGUUCUAGCGAGAAAUCCCUUAAUUCAGCACUACUGGACACGUGAAUAUUUUGCGAAUAUCAUUGGCAAACUUAGUUAAGUACAUUUUUAUUCGAACUUUGGAUUGAAGUUGAACUGGGCAACGAAAGAGCGAAUUAAUAUUCUACUUAAUUACCAACCUUUACGUAAUUAACAUUCUCUUCGAGAGAGAGAGAGAGAGAGAGAGAGAGAGAGAGAGAGAGAGAGAGAGAGAGAGUAGUUUCCAUUGAGCUUUGCAUCUGUUGGCCACUAUCUUUUAUUCACUCAUUUCCAGAAAAUCCCUUGUCUUGGUCACAUUGUGGUCCGGUGCGUCAUUUUUCUUACUUAUUAAUUUUCGCAACUAAAUACCAAGUCAACGCAAAAAUUAACACUCAACCUCAAUCUUAUCCUGAACAAUCCUGAAACACGUUAAAUAGACUAUACUCACGAUAUUGUCAUUAUAAAAUAAAUGUCUUAAACAACAAAACUUAUUUAUUCUACGUACCAUGAUACUAAAAUCGAAAACAGUUGCCAAAAUAAUUCUCAUGGUUCAUAAGGUCGAGUGUCAGCCGUGCAUUUCAGUUAACUACCUUAACCAAGUGUCGGCCUAUUGAUAUAACUUUGCCGGCUCGUCUCUGAAGUCUCUAUUGGAUGGAAAAAUCCCGCACACAAGCGUGUACUAAAGACCAAUUGUUACCUUAGAAUUGUUACGGUUUUAGUUGACCAGGGGCCGUAUCCUUAAUCGUGUCUGUCUUAUCUCGACUAUACUUUCAGCAAGCUUUAGUAAGUCAUUGGAGUUUACAUUUUUUUUUUAUCAUUAUUUUAUUUAUCGUUCAACAAGAAUUCUGCAUCACCAGUUGGAAAAAUACACAAGGGAACCUGACUAAUCAUCAUUGUGGCCUUUGAAAACAGUCUUAAUGAGAGAACAAAGCGUUACUACCCGUUUCCCCAGCUACCUGUCUGCUGUUGCCCCGUAUUCCACAACUUUUUUUUUUGGCGUCCUCCCUCGACUACUUUCAAUAAGCUGUAGUAGAGGUUAUUGAGGUUCUUAUGGGUAUUUACAUGAUUGCAGUGAUAAUUCAACAAACGCUUUACAAAGUUAAUAGGAAAAUACCCAUGAGAACCUAACUAAUCAUCGAUGUGGCCUUUGGAACAGUGGUGAUGAGAGAUAAACGUAUUUAAAGCAUAUGGGACGUUAUUUCACGGGGCAAAAUUAACGUAGGAGAGGGCGUAACCGAAUUGGCACAUAGGCCUAUUAGCCUACGUAUGUGGAUUUGAGGCGCACUCUAAUUUAAUCUAAUCUAAUAUAAUGUAGGUAUAUGAUUUUGAUACAAAUACAGUGAAAGCAGUAACAUCAUCUAACACAUAUAAUGUACUGCUUAUGUUACCACCACCAUCACCCAAAUACAGCUACUGCUACUAUCACCAUCACCAUGUCUUUUACAAUGACUACCACUACCUCUAUUGAUGCUACUGUUACUACCAGUUAGAGGAGGAUAUUGAGGAGAAAGAUGAUGAUGAUGAUCGUGAUGAUAUCAAUAAGCAUGUCCUUCACUUCAAGGUGUGCAAAAAGAUACCAAUGGAGAUUUUUAAAGAACAAACAAGGACAGGAUGCAAAGGCUCUGCAACAAAAAAAAAAAAAAAAAGUCUUGUGUGAAGAUGGCAGUAUAAAGAACCCUAUUCUCAUUGGCUAGUUACCAGUAAAGACGCAGUAGGUAAUAAAACAGAGCAACAAUCUCCCCAUAACUAAGCUGACAUUCCUUUAGGGGAUAGGUAGCAAGGAAAAAUAUAAACACACAAAUAGCAAUAGAUGACAGGAAUCAUAUUCUCAAAUGUUUGGACAGCUUAUCUCAACUACUUCCAAUAGACUGAAGUAGAAGUUAUCAGGAAUUCCAAGGAUGUUUUCAUGAUUAUGCUGAUAGUUUGAUAAAGAUUCUUCUAUGGAAAAAAAAAAUAUCCAUAUGAACCUGAUUUAUACUCUCUAUGGCCUUUGAAAAUAGUAGCUAUUAAACAUUUUAGAAUAUGGCCCCAGGUCAUUAAUGUAUCUUUGAAGACUCCAGUGAAAUGCACUGCUAUUUCCAUUGAUCCAUGCCAGCUCACCACAUCAUCCACUGGCAUAAGAAGCCUUUUGUCUAGAAUGUCUAGAUGACUUGCUUCAUACAGUGCUGCAGAGUACAGGCUUCAUCUCAUAAUUCAGAUAAAUAAUUAUGAAAAAAUGGCACAACCUAUCAGGAACUAUGAUUUACAAAUUAAUUAUUAAACAGGGAUUGGCAGUUCAGUACAAAUGAACAUGUGAACACACUUUUCUAUAUAAAUAUCUGAUAAUUCCAGACACAAUAUUCCAAUGCUUAGUGGUAAGCGACAGUAUAAGAACAUGAUGUGUUCUGACAUAUACUUUGAUUCAAGACAUAUACCUAACUGCUUCCUGUUGUUAGACAUCCGUAUAUUAUACAUAAGUAAACUGAUGUUCUAUAAAGCACAUAAACAUAAUAGUUUACCCUGGAAACCAUCAAUUAAAUAUAUCUUGCAGACGCAGAAUAUGGUACCAGUAAGUUAACACUAAUCAACAUUUGUCUUUAACUCUUUCUAAUUCACAAAAAAAAUGCAUUGAUUCUAAUUUAUCGAGUCUAAUGUCUAUUCUAGGAUAUCCACCACAAGGGGAUGACCACAGCAGAAGUUCCAGACAUUCCUCUCUGGACAUCUCAUCCUUGCACCUCUCUCUCUCUCUCUCUCUCUCUCUCUCUCUCUCUCUCUCUCUCUCUCUCUCUCAUUUCAAAUGGAUAAUCCUCUAUCCUACUUUGUAUAUAAUAGUCAACAUUUCCUAAUUCUAUUUUAGUGCCCAAACUGUUGGUUUCUGUCACUAUUGGAGAAAGCAAAAACUAUAUUGAUAGAAAAAUCAAAAUCUACUUGAACUUUUCUGUCAAGGCAUAUUGAAUUGAAGAAAACUGAAGUAUCUGUGGAGUCUACUUAGCAGUGACUGUUCUUUUACAUCUAAGACAUUUCUCAAGACUGAAAUUACAUAAUCUUGCAUAUAUCUUACCACAAUGAAACAAAAUAUAUUGUAUAUAUGAUCCUUUCACUACUCAGACUUGUUGCUCUGAUCAAACAUAACUUCCUGGAUGUGUUUUCCAUGGCCUUAAUGGACAUAAUUAUAAUAAAAAUGUGACAAUUUAGGGUGGAGCAAUGUGCCUUGUAGUGUCAGCCUAGGGUGAGGACAGGCACUUUGAGAAACUCUUCUUGCCACACUCCAUGACUGAUCAAUAUCUCACAAGGUGUCAGGAUGCCCUCAGUAAACACCUGAUAUUGUUGCUCAGAUACACAUUGGAUGGUGAAAAAUACUAAAGAUAAUGACACAUGGUUAUCAAUGUGCCCUGAAACACUUUUAGUAUAAAUGAGUAACGUUAUUGAUACAAAGUUACCACACAUCAUGUGAAAAUUCUUACUUGAGAAUGAACAUUGACAUACUUUAGUCACCUAUAAAUAAUUAUGAAAAUGAUAACUGACAUCAUAACAUACUUAGAAUAGACACUAAGAUAGCAAUGUACGUACUUGAGUAUCCUAUAUAGACAUCUAUGGCCCCUUUGUACUAUACUGUUACCGUAACCUAGUAUUUACCUACAUUCCGUCUGUUGCCCUAGUAACAUAGGAUCCUUACAACUACCUAAUGACCUAUUAGCCACUCCCCACACAGGAGAUUACUGAAGGAAGCGAGAUAUUUAUACAGAAUUGAUAAAAUGUCUGUAUCAAUGAUUUCUACACUUGAAAUGGUUUAUACAGGAAUUCAAUUUUGGUAGGCAAUCCCUUCCUCCCAGAAUAUGGCAGGUAAAGGAUGGGCCACCAGAGUGCCUGCUUGUUUAGAACACAUGUAAUAAAGUGUGAAAAUAACCUUUCAGCAAGAAACAUUUAUCAGUGAUACCACAACAUGAAGAAAAAUGCAUCACCCAACUAAAGGAUGUGUGAAAGACAUCUGACUUGCAUUUCUCAAGUCCAUUGUUCUGGCAUAUAUGUGUAUGUGAGCUCCAAAUACAAGUAUAGAAAGGGUGGUUUUCUGGACCAUUACUAGUACCAAGUUAUUGUAUGUAGGGUAUUAAAUCCUAACACAUAUUAGCAACAAGAGUUGAAGAAGAUUGAGGGAGUGUGACAGAAAAACAGAAAUGCAUUUUGUAUUCCUAAAUACGAACAGAGACAUUAAAACAUUUUUAUUGGAA